CCCCCUGGUGCGCCCCGCCGGCCCCGUGCGCCCCGCCGGCCCCAGCGAUGCCCCUGCACAGGUUCCCGCGCCACCUGUGGCCGCGCCUGCGGCUGCGGGACGGCAUCUGCUCCCGCCUGCCCGCACACUUCCUGCGCUCGCUGGAGGACGAGCGGCCGCCCGCGCCCGUCCACUACCGACCCCACGGGGCCCGGUUCAAGAUCCACCCCCGGAGCGGGCAGCGGGAGCGCGUGCAGGACGUGCCGGUCCCCCUGCACCGGCCGCCCGAGGCGCAGCGCGGGCUGUGGGGCGGCGAGGGCUGGAUCCUGGGCUACAGAUACGCCAACGACGACAAGCUCUCAGCAAGAGUGAAGAAGGUGUGGAAGCCCCAGCUGUUCCAGCGGGAGCUGUACAGUGAGAUCUUGGAUAAGAAGUUCACUGUGACUGUCACCAUGCGGACUUUGGAUCUCAUCGACAAGGCCUAUGGGUUCGACUUCUAUAUCCUCAAGACCCCAAAGGAGGACCUGUGCUCCAAGUUUGGGAUGGAUCUGAAGCGAGGUAUGCUAUUGAGGCUUGCCCGCCAGGACCCUCAGCUGCACCCGGAUGACCCCGAACGGAGGGCAGCCAUCUACAACAAGUACAAGGACUUUGCCAUUCCAGAGGCGGAGGCCGAGUGGGUUGGCCUGACCAUGGAGGAGGCUGUGGAGAAGCAGAGGCUCCUGGAAGAGAAGGACCCCGUCCCCCUAUUCAAGAUCUAUGUGGAGGAGCUGGUGGAGCAGCUUCAGCAGCAGGUCCUGUCAGAGCCCGCAGUGGUGCAGAAGAUAGCCAGUGGGAAGUGACCACAGGGCUCAGCUUCCUCUCGGCCACAUCCUGGAGUGGCCGCGCGGGUUCCUGUGUACUGGCCACACGGGGUAGUCUUUUCAGAGGCCCUAGGGGGCAUUGGAGACCUGGAACUAAGCAGUGGCCGUCUAGGUGGGUAGAUGGUGGCUGGCAGCAUUUAUUGUGCCUGUGGGUCUGGAAGUGAGUAAACGGAAUCCAGCUGCC